AUGAUGUAUCCUCUGAUCUAUUACCCGAUUCUUGCUGCGGUUGCCAUCGGUUUUGUCUGCCGAGUGCUUGCGACAGAACAAGUCCACGCAGCUGACGCCGAAAUAGCUUCCGCAGGUAUUCCAGUUCCAGCAGGAUCAAGCGCUGUGGAUCUUCGCAUGGAGAAACAGCCAUCAGCAGCAGGGAAGCAAGCUGAUUCAGCUCUAGUAGCGAGUACCCGUGUACCACUGGAGGUCGACUACGAGGAUGCGACACCACCACGGGGACUCGCACGGAGAACGUUGAGAUAUCGAAAGCCUAGGGUAAAGACCUCCAAUUCGAGACGCCGGCAGUUGAUGCGUAAAAUCGGCAUGGCUGUACUUGCCAUUGUGGGGGCGGCAAUGAUCGUGAAAGCUGCCUAUUCGAGGCGUCAGAAUAAGUUGCGUGCACAUGCCUUUAGCUACAUUUAUGGUCGUGCUGGUGUGGCAGAGAGAGCAGCCCUUGGACUUGAGGAGCAGAGGCGAGAAGUGAGGGAGCUCCUUGGCCGUGUCCGGGUUGCACAACGUGCCGCCGUGAGUACUGAUGAACGACAGGAGUUAACAGAGACUCGGCAAGCUUUGGAGAAGUUUGAUGCGCUGCUGGCAAUGCAGGCGCGAGCAUCACAACGGGAGCUUGCUGACUUUGUUACCGCAAUAGGUAUUCUUCACCCACAAGUUAGACACCUGCCCCGUAGUUUGUGGGGUACAAAUGCAGCUCUUCAAGCGUUUGAGGCAGGGCGCCUAGAUGAAGGGAGAAGGUUCUGGAAUCGUCUCCACCCCCACGAGGAGGCAGUCCGAAGCAGCGCGUUACCUGGUGUCGUCAGCCUGGAGCAGGAAAUCGAGGAAGCUCGCAGACGAGACCUACCUACAUUACCUUCGCUUUAUCAGCAGAUGGAAGAAGCCAGAGGUAGGCAGGUAACGUCCACUCUGGACGAGCAGAUCACCGCGCUGAACCGCCAGGUUCCAAAUUUUGUGGGAGUCGAUCCAGACUACGCCGAACAACAUCUGCUUCACUUCACGCCUUCUCGCUCCGAACCCGGCUACGUUAGAAUGGCAGCCGACGUAAUGCGACAAGCAAUGCAGGUGAAGACAGGCACGUGA